AUGUCCUCCCGCCGCCCCCACGGGCAAUCCUACGCCGACGUGGCCGCCCAGCCACCAGCAGACAAGACCUCCUCGGACGUCACGCCCGCCGUGCCCGCCGAUGUGAUCUACAAGCUCCUCGGCUUCACCGCUGCCAUGGCAGCUGGCCCCAUCGGCAUGUACUUUCUGACCGUGAACUCGAUCUUCAGCGGGAAUGCGACAUUUGCGGGAAUUACUGCCGCCGUCACGGCCAACGUCGUACUGUUCGCUUAUAUCUACGUGGCCUGGAAGGACGACCAAGGGGAGAGAGCGGCGGCGGAGAAAGCCAAGUCGAGAAAGGCUCAGUAG